GAGAGUGCAGACCUGUGUUCGACUACAGCAGACGCUCACUUCACACUUUACUGGCAUUCCUCUGGACAACACUGAUUCAGGAUGAUGAAGUUCACCGUCACAGCCGUCGUGUUUCUGAUCUGCAGCGCCGCUCUGCUGUCCACAACAGAAGGAACACCUCUCAUGGACAUGCGCUGCCGGUGCAUUCAAACACACUCAAAACCACCAAUCCCUGCCGGAAGAAUCCUCUCGUUGAGGGUGAUUCCUGCUCGACCACAAUGCAGAAAUGAGGAGAUCAUUGCUACCUUGAAGAAAGGAGAGGUGUGUCUCAAUCCUAAAGCUGACUGGGUGAUUUCUCUCAAGGAAGAGAUUUACAAGAGGACUAACUCCACUCUACUGACUAACUCCACUCUAUUUACUAACUCCACUCUACUUACUAACUCCACUCCACUAACUUCACUCACUACCGAUAAGUCCACUCCACUCACUACCGAUAACUCCACUCCACUGACUAAAUCAACUUAAGGAAAUGAUGAUUACUAUUACAACAAUUACUUCUGUAAUAAAGAAUUUAAUUGAUCAUCUCUUGGUGAUAAUUGAUGCAUCGAAUGUGAAAACAUGCUUUUGUUUAAUAAACUGGGAAUUUAUGUUUU